AUGUCAAACGGAGCCGACGCAUCGGAGCAACGAUCGCUUGAGGAAACUCAUUCACGCACAACAACGAUGGCGUCUACAUUGAACAACAAUGGCUUUCGCCAAGCGAUGUUAAAGACUGCUCUGGAAACUAUCCCGCAGUUAACGGAAGAGAACUAUUCAAUCUGGAAAGACAAAAUGACGGCGCUGCUCGAGCUGCGGGGGGUACUCGCUUCACUAGACAAAGAAGACGAACCAGCUCUAGCAAGCGACAUCAAUGCAGAACUAAAACUGCUUCUGAUUUCGAAGAUGGACAGCGUAACUCACAACAACAUAGUUACAGCAGACAAUAGAGGCUCGGCGAAGUUACUCUGGAAAGCUAUUAAGGAUUGUUUUGCCUCUUCUCAAUCUUCAAACAGAGCUCGCAUCUUCAACAAGUUUCUAUACGUCAAAUUCAAGGAAGAAGCGAUCGAGGCUUUCGUGACGGAUACCAAGGUCUCUAUCAAAAAACUUGUCGAUGUAGGGAUCGAUCUUCCUCAAGACAUUCUCGCAUACCUGAUCUUAUUCAAGUUCCCCGACUCGUUGCAACUCUUAAAACACCAAAUCAUGCACUCCAACAAAGAAUUAACUGUCGAAUUCGUGUGCAAUCACCUCACACAAUUCAACAACAAGAACAAAGCUGAGGUCAAAGAUGCCGUGCCUUCAAAUCAAGCCGCUCUCGUGUCAACAAAACCCAAACGCUCCAAUCGCUCUAACGGAAACGAGAAGAAUUCUAGCAACUCAUCCAAUGCUACAUCAAAUAACUCCGGUCCCAAACGAUGCACUGACGGAUUUCACAACCCAAAGCAAGACGGUAACCACUCUGCCGAUUCCUGCUGGCAUCUACAUCCAGAAAAGGCACCAGAGUGGUGGCAAGAAGCUCAAGCGAAAUGGAAGGCGGAGAAGAACGUGAACUACUACAUGUCUCUGAUUACUCUGUGGAUCGAGAAUGGAGAUCCCAACUCUAAAAUUAUCCUAGACAGUGGAGCGUCAGCCCACAUCUUCAACGACAAGCGAUUCUUCGACAAACUUGAACUCAAAGACUGUGUGGCAUCCGAACCGGCAAGCAAAAUGCGACCCUCCCAAUCAAGGGAACGGGAAACUGCUGGAGCUUUAGUCGAAAAGGGAUGCAACCUCUCUGCGAACUCAGGCAGUUUCUCAGUUUCUAAAGAGAACCAAAAGCUUUUCAAAGGAAAGAUUGUAAACAAUCUAUUCAGCGUCGAUAAUCCGGAAUCAGUUGGUCAAUCGGUUGACUACUCAGCUCAUUUCACAUCCUCUUCUGAAUCCUUGAAGGACAUACAUGAAAAAUUCGGUCAUGCAUCAAUCCAGAGGAUCAAGGAAUUCAUUCCAGAUUCGAUAUCCAAGUCCGAACUGUAA